AUGAGCCGUGGGCACUGUCUUUCUCCAUCAGCUAGCGGCGCUUUGCAUGAGGCGAUGCCGCCGCCGCCGCCGCCGGGUGUGCAGCAGGUCUCACCAUCUUCAUGUCUGUCACCACCGGCCUGGUCGCCACCACCACGACAGCCGACGACGCAGCGGCUGUGCGUGCUUGCCGCUGGUGUGCUCAUCUUUCACGUCCUCACCUCCACCCUACAGGAGAUGAUCUUUCACCUCCCCAACUUCACGAAUCUGCUGCUCCUCUCCUGCGGGGAGACGUUCUGCACAACGGUGCUCGUGGGGCUGCUUCUUGUGUGGGACUGGUACCACCCGCUGCCUGGACGAGCCGCCCCCGAGCACCGAGGCCCUCAUGGCCGGUCCGCAGCGACGGCAGUGACGAAGAUAACAGCGGAGGUGACACCGCAGGAGCCGCUCUCGAAGUCAGCUCCCACGGUGGGCGACAGCAGCAACACACAAGGGCGGAGCAGUGGCAAUGCCGUGUCUCGGUCGCCGGAUCCCUUCUGCGACUCUGAGCACCAGCCGCCAAGACAACGGUGCCCAUUCGCGCGCGGCGAUGGCAGAGGCGCAUUCCUAAGUGUGGUUGAUGGCUUACCUGAAGCGGCAGCUGCGAGAGCGGAUGCUGUAGACUGUGGCAAUGGGUCUGCUCUGACUGCGGUUGCGGCACGCUGCCCCUCACCCACGAGGUUCGCUUCAUGGUACUCGACAAUCUGCCACGUGCUUCACCCUUCCACCGUCUCCCUUCGCUGGUACGUGUGCAUUGCUAUACUCUUUUCAUGUAGCCUGCACCUCACGAACCGCACCUCGUUCCUCCUCAACUACCCCCUGCAGGUGAUCUUCAAGUCGAGCAAGCUACUCUGCAUGGUCGUGGUGCACCGCUUCUGGGUGCACGAUAGCCACGAGGCAGCUGCCUCAGUCUCCGAAGAUGAGGCAGGCUCAGACAACGACGACCCACGCAGCUCUGGCCACCAGUGGAGCACCACCGCCGCGUCGGCUCAACACGACGGCGUAUUCCAUGCGGAGAGCGACUCUGGGCUGCUUGCAGGAGCCAAGGCGCCAGACGCCAGCGAGCGUCACCCGCGCGAUGAGCCGCAACAUCGUGGGCACCGCGAUUCUUCCUCUUCUUCGCCACCUUUAGGUCUCUCUACUGUUGUCGCUGUCAACGUGCCCAUCCCAGCGGGGCGGGCAUUUGCAUCUUCACACCCGCUCGACGAUGACCAGCAGCGAUCGCGGUGGGGCGCACUUCACAGCAGCGGCCCACGCAGGCGUUCGUGGCGGUGGUGGUGGUCGCGCCUUUGGAAUCAGCACUGCAAUGAUGGCGUGUCGCGAUGGUGCCCCGCGAGGGUAUGGGCGCGUGUCUCUUCACUCGCGCAGUGCUGCGCCUCCCGGCCCACCACCUUGCCCAUCGACGAGUGGGGCCAUAGCCAGGCCGUCGUAGGCUUGCGCCAGCGUCUCUCUUAUCACGGCGGUGUCUACGGUGGCUACUCUGCCGUCGAGGUGUGGUGUGCUGCAGCUGCCCGGCUUGUGUGGUGGCUGCAACGCCUCCUGCGAGACACGGAGAUGAUGGCGUGCAUUGCCAUCGUCGUUGGGCUCAUUUCUUUCACUUAUGCAUCUCACCUGGACAUGCACGUCGCUGCAGGCCACCAAAGCUCCAAAGAAGGCCUGGCAGCGUUGGCGAAGGCGGUAUCGGCGGAGGCGGCAGCUGAGCAGCACAUUCUCGCCGAGAGGCUGCGGGGGAACGCGGCCGCCUCUCUCGCAGGCAGCUAUUCCGUAGCUAGCGAUGUAGCUGCGCCUGUCAACACCACUGGGCUGGCUCAGCCGGGCGCGCCACUGCCCCUGCCGCCCCCCUCUCUCCCCGCUUCUUCCCCUUCUUCCCUGUUCCACAGCAUCACCGCAGCCGUCUUCCGGCUCUCUGCGCCUUGGAUGGUGACGCUGAUCGGUGUUGUAGGCGUGCUGAUGUCCAACACCCUCGACUGCAUCAUCUACGUGCUGGAAGAGGUGCACUGCUUUCACGCGACGGCGAGGUCGUCGAGAGGGUAUAAUCGGCGAGUACUACGCCAGCACGAGCGUGCAGCAGGGGGGAGGGCGCCUCUGCUAGCGGGUGUGCAACGUAGGGCAGCGCCGCUGCAGCAUCACGCAUCCCACCGACCACCUUUUUCGCCUUCCCCACCGUUGUCGUCGUCUCCCCCACGAACCGCGGUGACGGCGCCAUCGGAUCUGCACCCGGUGUCCCCAACGUCGAUGACAGAGCUGCCGGAGCUGAUACCGGCCUCGCCACAGGAGUUACUGUUCAUGGUGAACGGUAUCGCCACGCUGCUCUACAUCGGUGGCGUCAUCGCCUUGUGGCUGCAUGACUGCCUCCUUCUAUUUAUAUGCCGCUUUACGAGCUCCAAUGCAGUGGCCACCGCGACCGGGCUCCACGGCGGCGUUGGCGACUUUGUAAGCGCUACUGCGGCUGGACAGCCGGCAGCACGCGAACGUCUGGUCGUCCCAACGAGACCCGCGGGUGGUGCUGCACUGCCAGGCGAGUGCUCCUCGCUGAUGGAUCGUGAAGAGCAGCAGCUACAGCGGCUCGCUUCCCUUUCCGGAUGGCCACCAUGGAAAACGCCGUCCGCGCCGCAGCGGCCCUCUGCGACGGACUUCCCCCUCUCCCUAUGCAUAAUCCUCAUCGUGUUAGCAUCCCUGACGAGCUUGAUAGGGACGCUGUGUCUCUUGCGCAUUAUUGCUGAGUUCACUGGCGUGAUGGCCGUCGUCGUGACGAGUGUGCGCAAGGCGCUGACGGUUCUGCUGAGCUUUCUCCUGUACCAUCGCCGCUUCACCCUGCUGCACGGGGUCGGGCUGGUAGGGGUGGUGGGCGGUGCUGUCUGGUACGAGUUACAGCAGCGGCGCCGUCGUGGCGUGUAG